AGCCUUCUCAGGAGAAGAGGUAGAGAGGGAGAUUCACGAAGAAAUACAUUUGUUACGGAAAGCUUAAGGCAGAGACGCGCGAGAGAUAGACAAGCUUCACCACGCUACCACCCCUGACCAUUCACUCUGGUCGUCGCCGCCGCCCUCACGACCACAACGACCAGGAUGGAGCAGCACCAAGUAGUUCCUGAUGUUUUGGAUGAAGUCCCUCCGGAGGUGAUUCAGAUCAAAUACGGCGAGGUCGAAGUCAGCAAUGGCAACGUAUUGACGCCCACGCAGGUCUUCUCCCCGCCCACCCACAUGAGCUGGCCGACGAAGGAGAACGCGCUCUAUACACUCUGCAUGACAGACCCGGACGCCCCCAGCCGCCAGGAGCCGAAAUUCCGCGAGUUUCACCACUGGCUCGUCGUCAACAUCCCCGGCAGCGACUUAGCCAGCGGUAACGUCCUCUCUGGCUACGUGGGAUCCGGACCUCCCAAGGGCACAGGUUUGCAUCGGUAUGUCUUCAUUGUGUACGAACAGCCAGGCGCCCUUGAGUGCGAUGAGCCAAUCAUCUCCAAGAACUCAGCCGACCACCGCCGCAGCUUCAGCAUCCGCAAAUUCGCCGCAAAGUACAACCUGCGACUGUGUGCCGGAAACUUCUACCAGGCGGAGUACGACCCGACCACCGACCUCGUCCACAAGCAACUGGGGCUACGCAAGUGAAGGGCCUUAUUAUGGAGAAAAAAAAAACUCGUGUAAAUCCUCUUAAAAGGAAAGAAAAUUGGAAUCUUCAUUAGAAUUUUUUUUUCUUAUAUUAGGGUUGUAAGAAAAAGAUCGUAAAUAAAACAGCUGGAAUCACCAA